AUGCGCACGCAUCCUACGUUUUACGUCGGUCAUCUCCGCCCGUACUAUCAGUACGAGCUCGUUUCGAGAUGCGAAGAACACCUCCGCGGUCGAGAGCCGAGACCAUUCUCGAGUGGUCCCGGUUCAACGAGCCAGUCUGGUAGACUAGCGAAGCGACCUGUUCACGCAGCUCAGCAAUGUCUCGACGGGCUGCAGCCAGCUCAUAACGAAGAGACGAUUCGAACGUUCGUUCUCAAGUUGCGCAAACGCAAAAGCGGCACGAUCGUCCGAACGAUCCGUGCGCUAAGGAAUUGUAAUUAUCCUUUAGGAGAUCAUGGAGCUCAUGACGCCGAGUCCGUUCAUGAUCCAGGUCAUCCUGCAACUGUUCCGUUACACGGUUCAGCUUCUGAACAUCAAGCUGAUCCGACCCUUGAGCUGGAUCAAGUAUUCCCGCCGCCACCACAUCCUUUGGUGGACUCAGGCGGUGGUCAACGCUUUUUGGUGGAGCGUAUUUUGAACCAUUGCGACUUGAAUGGCAUCCGGACGACUUACCUCGUUCGCUGGCGUGGCUAUCCACCGGCCUGGGACAGCUGGGAGCCUCGAUCCCAGCUGAUUGUUGAUGCUACGCAUCUCGUCGAGCAAUAUGACGAGACCUACCAGCUGCGUUCGAGGAAGGGCCGUCGGAAAAUGACCUCCCCGAACGCGAGUACAGGGACUGCAAAGUGUCCAUCCCUUCAGCCACCUCAGAAGAGAUGUUCGCCCUCCUGUAGGAAUCAUUAG